UCAAGAAAUGUCUUGAAAACAUGGUGAUUAGUGAAAGGAUGUGUACAAGGAGGAUGAUGUAGUGAAGGCCAGAGUAGUGAAAUACAAGAUAUUGGAUGAUCAAUUUUUGGAAAAGAUUGAUUAUAUACUUGCUUUCACAAGUCCGAUUUAUGAGAUGCUAAGGAAAGCGGACACUGAUCAACCUUGUCUUCAUUUAGACUAUGAGUGGUGGGAUGAAAUGAUAGAGAAAAUGAGAGUUGCUAUCUCAAAGGGGGCUCAUAGUAAAGAUUCAAAGUUUUAUGAGGUUGUUCAUAAUAUUCUGGUGGAGCGAUGGAAUAAAAGCAAUACACCUCUACAUUGUUUGGCGCAUUCUUUGAAUCCAAGGUAUUAUAGCCAUGAGUGGCUCCAAGAAUCUCCCAAUCGUCUUCCUCCUCAUAGGGACAUCGAAGUUUCAAGGGAAAGGAAAAAGUGCAUUGAAAGAUAUAACUCCAAUUCAUCCGAACGAAGAAGUGUCAAUGAGGAGUUUGACUCUUUUUCAGCUACCAUUGAUGAUUUUUCUAAUAAUGAUGCAAUGCGUGAUCGAGGUUUGAUGUCUCCAACUAAGUGGUGGGUUAUCCAUGGUGCUUCUGCACCAACUCUUCAAAGUUUAGCUUUAAAGCUACUUGGACAACCAUCUUCUUCUUCUUGUUAUGAGAGAAAUUGGAGCACCUACAGUUUCAUACACUCAUUGAAGAGGAACAAGAUAACACCACAAAAGCGGAAGAUUUGGUGUAGGUUCACUAUAAUCUUCGACUUUUAUCUAGGAGGAGUCCACAUUAUAGUGAAGGAGAAAGUAAGAUAUGGAAUGUUGGAGCAGAUGGAUUUGAUUCCAUGGACAUGGAGGCAACAGGCAGUUUUGGCUAUGGUACAUUGCUUUUGCAUCCCUAAUCUUGGCGAGUACAAAGCAGAAGCUGAAGCGAUCUCCACCGGAGCGGAAUCGCCGGAUCUCGUCACGGAAGUCAUCGUGACACAACUCACCGAGCAUUCCGCAAAAGAGAAAGCGGCGUGGAGGCCGAGGACCUGGUAG